CGGGCGGGGAGGGCCGCCGCCAGCACGUCCUGUAGGAGAAACCUGCCCUAAUCGUCCUUCCAGCUCUGCACCGUGGGCCGAGGGAAGCCCCAUCCGAUGGUAGGGCCUCUCAAGGAACAGGAUUGGGACCGAGGAAUGAAUCUGAAGUCUGCUGCAGUAAAACACUGAAGGCUUUACAAUGUUUUCUUGCAUAAAACUCAAACUUUAAGUAGCUGCUUAUGAGGCUAGGGAAGGCAGGAGGCUAAUGUGUGUCUCAAGAUACAGGACAGCUGUUUGCCCAUCAACCUCAACUGUCCCAAGCAACAGCAGGAAAGACAGCCUGACCUAGGGCGUGGGGAACUGCUGUACACAGACACGACUACAGAGCAUCCUCCGUGCAGUAGGAACCCCAAUCCAGAGUCCCUAUACUUUUAUACUUUUAUCAGAGUGUGCAACAGAGGAACAUGGCUCAAGAAACUAAUCACAGCCAAGUGCCUAUGCUUUGUUCCACUGGCUGCGGAUUUUAUGGAAACCCUCGUACAAAUGGCAUGUGUUCAGUAUGCUAUAAAGAACAUCUUCAAAGACAGAAUAGUAGUAAUGGUAGAAUAAGCCCACCUGCUUCUGUCAGUACUCUGUCUGAAUCUUUACCCGUCCAGUGCACAGACGGCAGUGUCGCGGAUGCUCAGUUACCACUAGACUCCACGUCUGCAUCUGUGCAGCCAAGCCCUGUAUCAAAUCAGUCACUUUUAUCAGAAUCUGUAGCAUCUUCCCAAGUGGACAGUACAUCUGUGGACAAAGCAGUACCUGAAACAGAAGACCUGCAAGCUUCAGUAUCAGAUACGGCACAGCAGCCAUCUGAAGAGCAAAGCAAGUCUCUUGAAAAACCAAAACAAAAAAAGAAUCGCUGUUUCAUGUGCAGGAAGAAAGUGGGACUUACUGGGUUUGAAUGCCGGUGUGGAAAUGUUUACUGUGGUGUACACCGUUACUCCGAUGUACACAAUUGCUCUUACAAUUACAAAGCUGAUGCUGCUGAGAAAAUCAGAAAAGAAAAUCCAGUAGUUGUUGGUGAAAAGAUCCAGAAGAUUUGAACUCCUGCUGGAAUACAAAAUCCUUUGACCAUCUGCAAACUAAAAAUUGACUUGAGGUUUUUUUUCCUAGUCAUUGGGAAUGUAGAGCACUGUAUCUUGCAUAGACCUUUUAAUCAUGCAUGUCAUCAGAAGAAUAGAUUUUUGUUUUUGUUUUGAAAAUGACUCUGAACAUUUAUUUCCAUUGCAGUUUCUGUGGCUGAAAAGACUUAAGUAAACUUUACAAGUAUUAUCCUUUUAAGAUCAUUUUAAUUUUAGUUGAGUGCAGAGGGCUUUUAUAACAAACGUGAAGAAAUUUUGGAGGGCCGUGAUUUUUCCAGUAUUAAACAUGCAUGCGUUGAUCUUGCAGUUUAUUUUCUCAUUGUGUGUGUACAUAGCUUUUCUCUGCAGCACGACCUCUGUCGAUGGCGCCUCUUGGGGCACAGCUACUUACCAGUCACUGAAUGUACCUUCAUCCUUACGGCUGCUUUGGGGUUUUCAUUAACAAAGGUUCUACAUAUGUUAGCAUAUAGUUUCUUUGCACCCACUAUUUAUGUCUGAAUCAUUUGUCACAGGAGAGUGUGUGCUGAUGAGAUUCUAAGUUUGUGUGUUUUUAAAUUUUUUUGAGCGAGGGAAGGAAAAGCUGUAUGCAUUUCAUUGCCGACUGCAGGUUUCUUUCAGAUUACGUUCAUCGGUCUGUGUGUAUACAAUAUGAAGAAUGAUCUGAAGUAAUUGUGCUGUAUUUAUGUUUAUCCACCAGUCUUUGAUUAAAUAAAAAGGAAAACCAUAA